UAGCAUGCAACGAUUUUGUUUCAUUUCCAGGAAAACAGUGGGAAACUGUUAUGGCGGCACAUAGUGUUGCUCAAAGUCUCAACGGUUUUUCAAAAUUUUUAACCAUUAAACUAUGGAACUCACGAAUAAAGGAGGCUGUAAACCAAAACAGUACCGAAAAAGCCCUUCUUUUCUUUCGCCGAAUGAAGCAAAAUGGGUUGGAACCAAACAACUUAACCUUUCCAUUCAUUGCAAAAGCCUGUGCCAAGCUUUCCAAUCUAAAAUGUUCCCAGAGCAUCCACACCCAAAUCGUAAAAUCGCCAUUUGGAAACGACAUAUUCGUGCAAACCGCAAUGGUGGAUGUGUACGUUAAAUGUGAUCACGUGGAUUAUGCGUACAAAAUAUUUGAAAGAAUGCCUCAAAGAGAUGUGGCUGCUUGGAAUGCAAUGCUUAUCGGUUUUGCUCGGUUGGGUUUUCUUGAUAAAGUGUUUAGUCUCUUUGGUGAGAUGAGGUUUGCUAGGAUUCAUCCUGAUUCAGUCACUGUUGUGGGGCUUAGUCAGGGACUUUCGGUUGCAAGGAGUUUGGAAUUACUGAAGGCACUUCAUUCCUUUGGGAUUCGAAUUGGGGUAGCACCUAAUGUUACAGUAGCUAACACUUGGAUUGCGGUAUAUGCCAAAUGUGGUGACUUGGCAUCAGCGGAGAAGGUUUUUGAUGAGAUUGAUAUUGCUGUGAGGACUGUCAUUUCUUGGAAUUCCAUGAUUGCUGGAUAUGCAAUCUUUGAAAAUUUUCUUGCUGCCUUUGAUUUAUACCAACAGAUGCUGGUUGAUGGAAUUAGGCCUGAUGCGAGCUCCGUUGUCAGCCUGAUUUCAUCGUGUGUGCAACCUGAAGCACUAUUUCAAGGAAAGCUAAUUCAUUCUCAUGGAAUCCAAUUGGGUUGUGAUUUGAACUUAUCUGUAAUUAAUACUCUUAUAUCCAUGUAUUCCAAGUGUGGAGAUAUUAAUUCUGCAAGAUUUUUAUUUGAUUGCAUGUCUGAUAGGACAUGUGUUUCAUGGACUGUUAUGAUUAGUGGGUAUGCUGAGAAAGGGGAUAUGGAUGAGGCAAUGACCUUGUUUCAUUCUAUGGAAAAAGCUGGUGAGACACCUGAUUUGGUUACUGUACUUUCUUUGAUUUCAGGUUGUGGCCAGACAGGAUCCCUUGAGCUUGGAAAAUGGAUUGACAGUUAUGCCAAAUCUAGAGGGUUUAAAGAUGAUGUAAUGAUCUGUAAUGCACUUAUAGAUAUGUAUUCAAAAUGUGGUAGUAUAUGUGAGGCUCAAGAUGCCUUUCAUGCCAUGCCUGAGAGGACUAUUGUUUCUUGGACAACCAUGAUCUUAGGUUGCACUGUGAAUGGAGAAUUUGGAGAAGCUUUGGACCUUUUCCACCAGAUGAGGGGUUUGGGCUUCAAACCAAACCACAUAACAUUCCUUGCUGUCCUUCAAGCUUGCACUCAUGCAGGCUUUCUUGAUAAAGGAUGGGAAUUGUUCAAUAUGAUGACCACAGUAUAUGGUAUCAAUCCUGGAUUAGAUCAUUAUUCAUGUAUGGCAGAUCUUCUUGGACGUAAAGGUAAGCUAAUAGAAGCUUUGAAGUUUGUUUUAAAUAUACCAAUUAAACCAGAUGCUGGAAUAUGGAGUGCAUUGCUUAGUGCUUGCAAGGUUCACCAAAAUGUAGAGAUUGGUAAGUAUGUAGCAAAUCUCCUAUUUGAGAUGGAGCCUCAAGUGGCUGCUCCGUAUGUGGAGAUGGCAAACAUAUAUGCAUCAACUGGAAGGUGGGAUGAAGUUGCAAUGAUAAGAUUGUUGAUGAAACGAAGUAAUGUAAGCAAGUCUCCUGGGCAAAGCCUUGUUCAAGUUAAUGGAAAAACACGUAGAUUUACUGUCGAAGAUAGAAGUCACCCUGAAAGUGUGCUUAUAUAUAUGCUGUUGGAUGAUUUAGCUUUGCAAUUAAAAGAUGAUGGAUAUCCCCUGUAUUUGGGGAAUAUUUCUGAAAUGGAAUUGAUUUGAAUUUCUAUGCUUUUAACAUUUACAGAAGAAUUCAGUUUAUAGAGAGAAACAUUCUUAUGAGCCAUUAUUCAAAGUGUAUCAAAAGUGGGAGGAAGUAACUCUGCUGUGAAAAGAAGGUUCUCACUGUAUUUAGACGGAAUUAACAAACACCAUCAGAUCUAGAUUGAAGGAAAUAACUACAUUAACGGAAGUUGGGGAGAGACACUUGAAAACUGUUGAAAUUGAAAUCAUGUUUGUGUCAGCAGAUGGUAUCCUAGUGUCCUUGAGAGUGUAAGAGAUCAUCUUUUUCAUUGUUGUUUUAUUGUGGUAUCAUUCCCUUGGCUUAUGAUGGAUUUGGCUUAUUUGAUAAACUGAAAUAACUUAAAAUUGGAGGGUGAGAACUGCGGACUAAAUGUGGAGCUCUAAAAUGCUGGAGCUUUUGUAUCCUUUCUGAUUGACCAGCAAUUUUCUAUGAUAAUAUGAAUAAUGCUUAAUCAAGUUGUUGGGGUGUUUUGGAGUUUGUUUAAUUGUUUUGCAAGCGUAACCAUGCUAUUUUGUUUCUUUAAGAACAGAUUGUUAGCAAAUAUGUUGAUAUCAUUUCGUACAUUCCCAUUUGUUAAUAGACAAUUUCUGGGAUACACAAUUUUCCUGAGAUGUGUUUCCAUAUCUUUGGCCGGUUAUAGGAGGCAUUAAUAGAUGUGACAUGGAUAUUGGGAAAGAAUUGUUUGGUGGUGUACUGGUAAACUCUAUCACACCCAUCAAGCCUUUACUCUAAUGUCUUGAUCAUUUCUCUAUCUCCUGUCUCCUUUUGGUAAUAUUUUGUUCCAAAAUAAGUAAUUUAUGCAUGUAUGCUGAGUCAUGCAGUAUCUGUUUCUUAAAAUGCUACCUGGUAAACCUGAAUUAAUUUUUAAUUUCUUAAUUCCUCUUUGUAGCUGAUAUGUUACAUCCGUGCUCCCAUAUAAUGCAAUUUGUUGUUGGCACAGCAUUAAUGUUACAGUUAAAAGAAUGUCUUGAGAAAGAUGUCCUGAAGGAAUCGUUUCCUUUUUUAUCAUUUAUGCUAAAUGUUACAUCUUGUACUUUCUCUCUUAUGGCCUUAAACCUGGUUUUCGUGAUGUUGCAUUUAUGGUUCCUUGGCACUAGUAAUGGUUUGAUGGUUUGACCCACUCCAACAAACUUGAUUUCAUAUCAUCAUAGUUCAUUCUGGACGGCUAUUUUUCACCUUCAAUUCCUCCAUGGAAUGCCAUUUCAUUGCUGCAAGAAUAAGAACAAACUUUCCUUUAAAAUGAAAUAGGGAAUUUCGAAUUCACCUAAAUACAUAUUGUAUUGAAUUUUAAUUAGUUUUUACAUGAUGUUUACUUUCAUCCUUUCUAUUUAUUUAACAAAUCAAAUUUAUAUUCUCAAAUAUAGCAUUUAUUAAUUUCAAUUAUUAUAUUCUAGCCAAUAGGAAAAAAGAUGAAUUAUUUUGAAGUAUGUAAGUGUUAUCCGCUGCACUUUAAUUUUUUACCUUGUUGGGAAUUGGUUAUUUUCACA